CUACUCUCUCCUUGUAUGAGCAUGGAAAGUUAUAACUUCUUUCACAAGAUUCUAAGUUAAUAUUAUUCCCUAAAACAUAGAAAUAGCUUAGGCUUAUUGACUUUCGGAUACAUUCAUGUUUUUUUAGCUUCAAAAAAUAUUUGAAACAUACAAUAAACUCAAAUAUUAAUUUUAUAUAUAACUCAAACACUAAAAGUUUUAUAUCAUUAAAAAAAUAGUUGGUUUUUACAAAAUCAAGAUAUGGGGUACAACGCAUAAGCAAAAAUGCAAAAUCCAACACAAAAUCCACAUUCAAAAGCACUUUAAUAAUGGCCCCACCACAGUCUCUCUUCAUUUUCAUGAAAAACUCAGGUGACAAAUACUCCUCCAUGAAAAAAGAAUAAAAUAAUUGCAUGGGAGAAGAAUAUUUUAUAUUUAUAUUAGAAUUUCGACAUAAUAAGACUACACAUAAAACAGAGCUCUCUCUUCCCCAAAAUCUUCCCAUAUAAAACACAUAGAAAACAGAAGCUUAUACUCCAAGCACAACAUCACCACCCUCCCUUUUUCUUAUUAUUUAUUAUUUUUUUUUUAAUUUCUUUUAAAAUUGAUAUAAAUACAUAAUUAAUAUAUCCAAACCAAAGAAGCAAAGCAUCUCUUCUUCUUCUUCUUCUUGGACACCUCCUUGCUUUCUCCUGAGGAUCAAAGAACACGUGGCAACCAGUGAUGGGAGCUGAUACAACCACCUCAAAUUACUGGUUAAAUUGGAGGGUUUUUCUAUGUGUUGUAUGGGUUUUAACAGCAAUGUGUUUGUCUUCAUAUCUUAUAACAAAAUAUGAAGGACCCUUGAAUGGAAAAUCAAGAAAUAGAAAUGAAGAUGAAGAUGAAGAAGAUAAUGAUGAUGAUGAUUAUGGAGGGGUGUUGUAUGAUGAUGAAGUUUGGAAGCCAUGUUUGAAAGGAAUCCAUCCAGCUUGGUUGAUGACUUUCAGAAUAUUUGCUUUUUUUGUGCUCUUGAUUCUUAUUAUCUUAAACGCCAUUGUUGAUGGAGGCAGCAUAUUUUACUACUACACACAGUGGACUUUUACAUUGAUAACAAUAUAUUUUGGGAUUGGAUCCAUGUUGUCAAUUUACGGAUGCUAUCAAUACCACAACAAAGUCGGUGGUGACAGAAGUGAGGAAUUAGACGAAGAGCAAGCUGUAAGAGAUGAAAUUACCAAUUUGCCCCAAUCUGGGAAAAUCAUAGGCGCUAAAAAUCGAAGACAGCCUCGCCAAGUCGCCGGCUUUUGGGGGUAUACUUUUCAGAUCAUGUUUCAGAUGCAAGCAGGUGCAGUUGUGCUUACUGACUGCGUUUUCUGGUUUAUCAUAGUCCCAUUUCUUGCCAUUAAAGAUUAUAAUUUAAAUUUUUUCAUUAUUAAUAUGCACUCGAUCAAUGCCGUGUUUUUGCUUGGUGACACUGCAUUGAAUAGCUUGAGAUUUCCUUGGUUUCGAAUUGCAUACUUUGUCCUCUGGACCUGUGUUUUUGUUGUUUUCCAGUGGAUUGUUCAUGCGUGCAUAGCACUUUGGUGGCCUUACCCUUUUCUUGAUCUUGCAUCUUCAUUUGCUCCAUUAUGGUAUUUAUUAGUAGCAUUGUUGCAGAUACCAUGUUAUGGAAUUUUUGUUCUUGUGAUAAAACUGAAGCAUUUUCUCCUGUCUAAAUACUUCCCUGAUUCUAAUCAAUACACUCUAUGAUGAUGAUGAUGACGACGAUAUACACAUGGAGAUUUUCUAGUGAGACUGAUAAAAAUGUUAGAAUGUUAAUAGCAUUCGUAGAGAAAUUGGCAUAUAAUUGUUUGCUGUAAUUAUACGUUAUAUAUACAAGCUUGGAGCAUUAAUUUUUUUUUUUUUUUUUUUUUUUUGUGUGUGUGUGU